AUGCCUAAGAGAUCAUUUAGCCAGUUAGAGGGAUCUAGUCUGUACGAGAAUUCUCGCGGCUACCUCGAAUCGGUCGCGAAGGAAACGAUCAAUAUUGACGAAGUGGCUCGAGCAAAGUGCAAAGAAUUGAUGGCUGAACUUGAUAAACACGUUGACUUCGUUCUGAAGUCAGACUCCCAGACCAUAGAUGAAUUUAUCCGCAUAACACUGGGACGAGCUAGCCAUCUUGAGUAUCUUCAACGUGUUGCACAUGGGCAGGAAUCGCAGAUAAUACGGGAAAGGAGGUCCUUCUACGGGAACAUGUUAUAUAACGCUCUACUUGUACAAGCUCACGAAUACGGAGGUUUGCGCCUCGGGAGAAUCGUUAUUAUUUCCAUUACGCCAAACAAAUUGUUUUCCUUGCGUCAUUCGAUUCAUGUCAUAAUCGAACACAUACAGGAAGUCGGUCAACGCUUACGUCACAUCGAGCCUCCCAAGACAUUUUUCAACAGAUUGGCGCACGAGAGUCAAAAACGAUGGUCAAGCAGCGGCGAAGUCAUUGAGGAGACGCUAGAAGAUGUUGGGCUUAGUCAGGAGGCUUUAGAAUGGGUCAAGAAGACAAAAGAGCAGAUUGCUCAGAGUAGCCAACCUCAGGCUCUGAAUGAUAUCAGCGAUGUCGAUAUACUGAGACUCCUCUGCUGGAUGAUUCCCCGAGAGAAUGCCUGGGAACCCGGGGUCAAUCAAACUAGAAAGGAUCUGGGUCCGUUCUUCAUUGAAAUGGCUCGUCGUGUUAGAGCAUCUGAUCUCCCCGAGCGCGACAAAUGCGCCGUAGUAGAGGCCAUCGUUGCCGUGGUCCAGUCGAACCACUCAUUCGCAGAAGCUUUAGAUCUUGCCGUCCGCCUAUUGGAGCAUAGUAAUCUGCCUCGGUAUCUGCAUGGCUUGGUUGCCCUUCAAAAAAGCAACCUUUAUCGACUGAAUUCCAGUCCUGAGAAAUCUGAAGAGGCGAUUAGCAAAUAUUAUUGCGAUACCAAGGCUUAUGAAAACGAACGACGUACUGCAAUCGCCACAGCCAAUGAUCGAAGGCCUAAAGAGAUGGCCGACCUAUUUAAAGGAGGAAUGGAGGAAAGACUAGCGGCCGUUGAGGAUUCCCUAUGGCGGUCCCACCUUGAGAAUUUGGUUCAACAGGAGAAUUAUUCGCGCGCGUUACUCGAGGCUACAGCGCGGCCCUUCCAACCACGCUGUCAGAUGGGUCGCCUUCUUUCACCCCACAUUAGUAUCACCAUGGGAAAGAUAUUCAUAGUUCACGGUCGCCAUCAAUCGGCUCAGACUUGUUUUGAGGGCACCUUGUUUGAGGCGCCAAUGUAUGCAGAGCAGGUGAAGACCCUCCGCCUCAAUAUCGUGUGUCGACUGGCAGAUGUCUAUUGUGACCUGAACAAGCCCGCAAAAGCUCUCAGGCUCCUAAAGGAAGAAAAUAGGAAACUCAUUAAGGAUUAUCAGCCUCAACGGAAGGCGAAACGUCUGCUUUUAGCGCUUGUCGAUGCCUAUCUUGCUGAUGGAUGCUACAUAGAUGCUUUAUCGACCCUAUGCGACUCCAGACUUGACUUCCACAAGGAAAACAAAGAUAUAACUGACCAAUUCAUGCACGUACGGUGUCAGUUUGCGCGUGCUCGUCUACAUUGUUUCACCUCCAGAUUUGAGGAUGGUUAUCGUGAAUGGGUCGCGGCGUUAGCACUGGUGGAGAAAUACCCCGAUUUUGAGGACGAAGGCUUUGCGGCGGGAAUUUGUCAACUUUCCAUGGCCUGGGCAUGUCUUGAAUUAGGAGAUAGGGACUCGGGCUAUAGCGCGUUCAUGAAAGCAAAGACCUUUCUGGAGAACUCCCCUCCUAAUUAUUGGCUACCGACAAUCCAGAAAUCUUGGUUUGACUAUGUUUCUGAGAAAUUGCACCAAAAAGCCGGGUGGCCACCGAUCCAACAACACUCGCCAAGACCGACCCCACCUGUCGGCUCACAUAAUACAGUUACCCCGCCCUCACAUCAUCUCCUAUCCCCUGAAUCACUUUCCAGCGAGACCAUCCACUCCUACAUCGAAGCUAAGAAAGAGCUCACGGGAGAUAUUCAGCAUCUGCUGCAGAACGGGUGGAAUUUAACCGAAACCAAUGAUGGCAUCACAAAGGACUUUGCUUUCAUGUCCACUGACAACGCCUUAGACUUUUAUACACUUGUCAGUGCGAGUUCUAUAACACACCAUCAUCAUGCCGUCCUCACGCUGACAGGAGAAGUUGCGUCGGCUGUGUGGACGACUCAUCAACCUAGUAAAGGCCUUUCGAGACGUGAUCAUAAUAUGGCCUUGAUAUGUGAUAUAAUCGCGGGCGUUUUGAGCAAUGAUGAACGUGUGUGGCACCAGAUCAACGCCGUUACAAAUGACAACAAAUGGCGGAGGAAAGAAGAACAGAGAUGCGGUGCUGCCACCACUCGAGCACUCCGAUUCAAACACAAUUCAUAUGUCACGGACUUUGCACGUGCUUUAGGCGUUGCCGCGGAACGCGAGCUACUUGGAGGCUCCAUUAGGAUACAUACCAGACCUCCUUUUGUUGAAGUCACUUGCGAGGGCAACCUCGAAUCAAAGUUGGCCCUCUGGCUGGACUUCAUGACCGCUUUGGUGAGGCCACCAGAAAUGAUCGAAGACAAGGAUUCAGAAACGGUGCCAUCUGGUGGGAAAUCCUAUACUUUUGAAUCCGUAGACAUGGCUCUGAAUUUUCACGCCCUUCUUCAUAGAGCCUCCAUAUCAAAUGGCCACCCCGUGGAGUCAUACAUCACAGGGACUGGCACAGCGAUCAAUGUAACACUCAUACAUUCAGAUAACGAACAAAUGGUAGAACUGUUCAGUAUAUUCUCGGAUGUUUCAAGUGGCAAGAAGUAUGUCUCUUACCAAAGCGAGCAUGAACCAGAACAAAGACAAUGGUAUUUUGGUAGCCAAACAAAAGUCAUGAACUUUGCUCGUGCUGUAGCACUUGUUGCUAGCCCUGUCGAACUUUGGUCCAUAGUAUCCGACUACAAUAGUGUGCUGUUGUCCAUGAAUAGCAAAGCUUGUGUGGGAUUAGGUCCUUGGCUGGACCUUCUGUUAACGCGUUUGGUGAAGCCCGACAAGGAGAAUGAGGUGCCAAGAUGUGAUAGUGCACCCUGA